AUGCAGAUUCAUGUACGGCGAUAAAAACGAACGGUAUAUGUUAAUUCACUGAAGAUAGGGGCUUUCGGUCUCAAUGGCGUUUGGCAGCGUGCCGCCUCGGAAAGAAUAUAAAACAGUAGGAAAUUCGAAGAGAGCAGGAGGGAGGAGGUAGGACAGAUACUCGUGUUUGCAUAUUUGCGAAGGUGACGCGGAAAGGACAGCAGAGAAAUGAGGAUUCCCCACACCGUGCCAAGGAACGUCUUCGAGACUUACAGGUGUUCCUAUGAAACAACCGAGUUAUCGAACGAGCUCGAGAGGACAAUUCGAUCGGAGGAUGUCUCCUGGGACUUAGGGAGAGUCCCAACCUUGAGAACUUUAGCUCUCCACGUCAUAGCCUCAGUGUGGAAGGACAACCCUAUACUGGAGGAGUUGCCAACUUGCGAAGAUAAAAACGAGCUGAUAGAAAUUCUGCCGACCAACCUGCCCUUCGAGUUGACCAUAACCAGAAUCGAGGAUGAAUACUAUUGGGAACGUUGCUCGAAAGAUAGAUGGGAGCACAACGACCCAACGGAGCACGGUAAUUCGUGGCGACAACGGUAUUGCGAGGGCCUGUUAUGCGAAUGUCUGGAGCGUCUGGAGCCCACCUUCUUCGAAACACAGAAGGAGGAGUGCGAGAAGAUGAUCGAGCUCGUGCGGGAUUACGUGCACGCGAUAAGAAUCCGUUCCCUGGUGCCUACCAAGUAA